CGGAACCAGGGAAACACUGUUUCUGGUUCAAAAGAGUCAUCACCGAUCUGCUCCAAAAUGUGCACGAUCCUAAUGCUGGUAAGUUCGUGGAUAAGCCUUACGGAGCCGACAACUCCGCUAUUGACGAGUCUGCGCAAAAGCUGUUGGAAAGUUUGAGAGAAAAAGACCUCUCAGCGGCCUUACCAACAAAAAACGUAGUUCAAUACGAUGUCAAAUGGACCAGUGAAGGCAUUAGCCCAGAAGCGUCUUCAGAGCAUGCGCAAUAUCUUGAAAAGCUUUGUGCCGACGUUUACAAUGUUUUAACCGGAAUGAUUCAGGAAGCUAUCAAUGAGAAAGAAGGUGACGCGAGAGAAGACUCACUUAAUGAAGAGAUAUUACAGCAUGCGCUAUUCUGCCAAAAGAAAGGCCUUGCUUGUCAAGGACGAGACGAUUUUCUUCAGUCUGUGAAGUCUUCUUUACUCGAGCGCAACGACAAACGCACAGUUAUUCUACAUGGAGAGUCGGGUUGUGGUAAGACUUCAGUUUUGGCCAAGAUGGCUGUGGAGGUCAGAAAUUGGCUGGAGGACGACUCCGCCUUUGUGGUACUGAGAUUUAUCGGGACCUCUCCUGAAUCAUCCAGCAUCAGACUGCUACUGAGAAGCGUCUGUCAACAGCUAUGCAAGAUCACCAAUAAUGAUGCAACACAAAUACCCGAGGAAAUCAUGGAGUUGUUGGAGUUCUUUCCAAAAUGUUUAGAAGAAGCUUGCGCAUUCCGUCCUGUGGUGUUGAUUCUCGAUUCCCUGGACCAACUACCCGCCGAUGAAGGAGGAAGACGUUUAGACUGGCUACCCGGAAAAAUACCCGAUGACUGUUACUUGAUUAUGUCCACCUUACCUGGUUCGGAAUAUGAGUGUCUACCACAUUUGAAGAAUAUAUUUCCAGAGCGAUGUUUUAAAGAGAUACCCACCAUCCCCUUGAAUGAGGCAGCUGGCAUUUUGGAGUGUUGGCUGAGGUCAAGUAAUCGCGCGUUGAUACCUUCGCAGAAGGAAGUGGUCUUAAAUGCUUUCCGGGAAUGUCCAUUACCUUUGUAUCUGAAGCUGUCUUUUGACCAAGCUAUCCGCUGGAAAUCUUAUACACCAGAAGAUGAAGCAACAUUAGCCUCUGGCGUGAAAAACGUCAUUAACGACUUUUUAGAACAGGUUGAGCGACGUCAUGGCAAAAUCCUCGUCAGCCACGCUUUAGCUUACAUCACUGCAUCGAAAAACGGCCUCACGGAGCCAGAGUUAGAGGAUAUCUUGUCACUGGAUGACGAAGUCCUCGAUGACGUCUAUCAGUACUGGACACCCCCAUUUCGCAGACUUCCUCCGCUAUUGUGGAUUCGUAUACGUUCCGACAUUGGAGAGUAUCUCGUAGAAAGAGGAGCAGAUGAUUCCCGAGUGAUAUACUGGUACCAUCGCCAGUUUAUCGAACUGGCAACUGAUCGGUACUUAGUUGCUCGGCCUGCGGAUGUUCACUCAAAACUGGCAGACUACUUUUUGGGGAAGUGGUCAAACGGUGCUGAGAAACCUUACAUUGAUAAAGAUGGAAACACAGUGCUCAAAGAUAGGUUGGUGGCCGGACAACCCUUGAUGUUCAGCAACGAUGAAGAAAAGAAGUCAGUUUUUAACCUACGAAAAUUGAAUGAAUUGCCUUAUCAUCUUUUACAAGCAGGCAACCUUGAGAAUCUAAAAAAACACGCUCUUUGCAACUUCGAGUUCCUUUUAGCUAAGCUUCGUGCAACUUCUUUAGAAUCAAUCCUGAACGACUUUACCACCUCGCUUCUUCUGCAUCCAGAUGAUGAAGACCUGGUCGCUUUGGAGAAAACGUUGCAGCUGUCAUCCGCAGCUCUCAAAGCUGAUGCUAAUCAGCUGGCACCUCAACUUCUUGGAAGACUAAUUCCACUGCACAAUCAAGCCGAGCUCACUGGCAUUAGCCUCCUGCUACAACAGACGUAUUCCUCAUCGGUCCCUUGUCUGAUACCAAGUGACAAAUGCUUGACAUCUCCGGGCGGACCACUCAUUUCGUCCAUGAAAAUACCAGGCAAAUCUGUCUUCAAAUGUUGUGGUUUUAGCUGCGAUGGGAAAACAGCGUACAUUACGUCUUCUUUUUCUCAACCACUUCAUAUUCAGAUAUUGAGCGUGAAUUUAUUGAAUGGGAAAACACUCAGACGAGUGACUCUUCCAGGAUCGCUGGGGGUAGGAGUCGUGUGGGUCGUUCAGGGAAGCAGUAUCAACGAAGAUCUCCUUCUGUUGGUAGGUUCUACUGACAUUUUUCUCAUUAAGCCAUCAACGGGCCAAGUGCUCCAGAAACUCGCAGCCCUCGUCAAGGAAAGAAUGUACAAUCCAAUGCCUCCUGUUUCGUUUGUGGAUAACGAAACUAGUGUCAUUGCCAUAACAGACAAAGACAUCAAGAUAUGGACGGCUGAAGAUGGAAAAGUUGCACAUAAGAUUGAUAUUGGCAAGAUUCCCACUGAUGAAGAGUACGGCACUAUAGGAGCAUCAGGGUGUCACGCAGUCUUCAGCCUCCACGGUUCUAGAAGUUUCACAGUGCUCAACUGUAAAACGGGAGAGAGGGUUCGCGAAGUUAACGUGUUCAGCGGGGCGGGUGCAUGUUUUGUGGGCGAAAUCAAAGUUACCUCCAAAGAGCAAGUGGUCGUGACAUCCUCGGAGAAAAAUGGCCUUCGAUUGUUUGACCUCCACACCGGAGAUUUUAUCAGAGAAAUAUCUCAGUUUAAAAUCAACAAGGGCCUACUUCGGACCCAUAUUACAGCAGACGGAACAAAGGCUGUGAGUGUAGCUGACUACGAGAUUUUGGUGACAAAUCUGGAAGAUGGAACAGUUUGCAAAACUUUGAAGAGUAAGUCGUUCGGAACGCUUAUUAUUCACGUUAAUUUUUUCACAAACGAUGGAAAAUUAGCCAUCUCCCUGGCUCAGGAUGACGUAAUCCGUAUCUACAACCUUCAGCAGGCUCUCAGAGAGGGCACCGAAGACGUUUCCAAGCCAUCAUCUUACAACAAGGCCGUAUCUUCAAUUGAUUCCAUUAACUAUCUAAACACGGGAACAGAUGCAAGACAUGUAAUUGCGACAGCCACGGUCAACAACUCCAACCAAAUUGCUAUUUGGGACACUUUGACUGGAGUAAUGGUGCGAGCGUUGAAAGUAUUCCAAGAAUUGCCACCCAGUACGAUAAGAAUUUAUGGAGCAAGUCGUGCCGUUGGCUAUAUUCACGAUCAAGAGUAUCUUCAUUUUAGAGUUUUUGAUUUGAAAGAAGGGAAAGUUGAAAGAAAUCUGCAGGGCAAAGCGUCCAAAAGAACGGAAGCGUUUGGGUUCAUUGACGAGAACCACAUCAUCGCUUUCUCACGCGGAAGACGUAACCUCAAAGUUUGGAGCAUCAAUGAUGGGAAGCUCACAAAGCAAUUUAAGUUUGGACAAAAGCAUCGAUUCGAAGACAUGCUUAUCAGUAGAAGCGGAAGAGUAGUAGUUUGUAGUCAAAUAAGCCCAACUGUUAGCCACGAGGAGGGUACCUUGCCUCUCUUUGCCCUCAACACGCAGUCAGGGGAACAUAAAGUCUUGGAAAUUGAGAACACCCAGCUAAUGCUUUGGAAUGGGUGCUUAUCAGACGACGGGAGCUACCUCGUUAGUCUUUCCAAAGACUUCAAGGCAUUGCUGUGGGAUUUCACGAAUGGUACUUUAAAGGGUAACCUAGUCGCAAAUGAAGAAAAUCCAACCGCAAUCUGCACGGCCAUAUCAACAGCAAGCAAAGUGGUCCUAACCGGCCAAGGUGAUGGGGGUAUCACCGUUUGGGACAUUGGAAAUGGGCGUGUCCGUUCCACGAUGGAAUGUGCAACCGUUGAUUCCCUUUUUGUCGCACAAGAUGGCAAAGUGGCAUUUUCAAACUAUCGGUACACAAACAGCAACAUCGAUGCAUGGGAUCUAGAGACAGGCUCGAAGCUGGCCACUUUCACUUCAGAUUGGAAACCAGAACGAAUUACAAUAUCUGGAAAUCGUCUUGUGGUGGCUAAAGCAGAUAAACCAGAGCUGUUGAUGUUCCGAACACAUAUUCCUAGAAGUUCAGAAGGUACCAAGCCUGUUGAUUCUCCAUUUAAGGACUGUCCAUUGGAAAGUGUUCUGCAAGCUGAUCAAGACUUGGUUCAUGCUCGAGAAGGGGACGAAGAUGAGGAUAGCGAAGAUGAUUUUGACAAGACUGAUUUUCAAAAAACUGAGUUCACAAGAAAAGCGGUCCAUGCAAAACCCAACGUAAUAAUUGGUGGCGGUAGCUCGGUUUUUGCUUCCAAAAGUGUUUUCAUUUCGGAAAAAGUUUACCGAGACAACUUUAUGUGAAGCUUCUAUAGCAGAAGUAAAGUUUGCUACGUAAUCGGUCAUGGCAAAAAUUGGACGUGCAGACCUGUAACACGUUAGUCCUCCUUUUUAAAUCGAAAGGGUCUUGCAUAGAUUGCUCUGGUUAGAUCGUUUAAUAGUUAGGAAACUAAUCUUAUACCCAAAUCCUACCGUACAGCUUAACUAAAAGGCGUGGAAGGUCUGGGUAUGAAAAUAAUAGGAAAUUACAUGGUAGCACCUUCGAAUUACGUGGACCAUACGAAGCGUUCAUUUCCCUAAUUUUAAAAGAAAUACAUUCCAAAAAAAAUCAAUGCUACGGAGAAAGUUAAAGAUAAACCGUACACAGCCGCGCUCAAACGCAUCACUCUAAAUAUUACAAGAAAGGAAAAUGCAAAUCGUUUUGUUCUAACUUUACGACACUUAUAUGAUCGAAGAGAAGUUAUACCUCAAUUUUGCAUAGGUCAAUCUAUUGUAUUGAAAAAUCCAGCGACAAAAGUAAAUGAACAUCGCAUUUCGUGGAUUUAGUGAGUUUUCGAACAAUCUAAUCGAAUUUUUCAAUAGGACUUGCUUCUAAUGUAAUUAAUGUUCCAUUAAAGGAUUAGAAACCCA